AUGAAGCGCGCGGCGCCGCCCACGCAGGAGGUGAAGUGGAGGAUGAAGAUGGCCUGCGAGACCGGGGACCUCCCAACCGUACGUGAGAUGAUUGAAUCUGGCACCAUUGACGUCAAUGAGCGCGAGAUUGAUGGCGACCAGGGUGCGGGAGCUACGGCCGUCAUCGAAGCGGCUUGCGGGCAGCACCUGGAGGUCGUGAAGUACUUGAUCCAACGCCGAGCCGAUCUCACCAUUGGAACACGCGACGACAACGCGACCUUAUACGACUAUGCCAGUCCCGAUAUCCUCGCCUUCCUGGCGGACACGGAGGCCCUGGCGCGCUGCCGGGCUGAGGGUGAGGCGUGGCUGUCGGCCAAGGAUGCGCAGCGGCGGGCCGAAGAGCGUGAGGCUGCCAAGCCCUACAUCGAGGAAGCCACACAGGAGCUGCGCCAGCAGCUGGCAGCCGCCCACAGAAGAAUCCAGCAGCUGGAGGAGGAAGUGGCACGGACGUCGCGGGACCCUUCCGAGCUUACCGGGGGCCACCGCUUUGCCAAGCAGGCGGUGAUGUACGCCCACAAGAUGAGAUACCGCAUCCGCCGCGUCUUUAAGCGCGAUCGCCGCAAGCUGUGGAUCAAGCGUGUCAGCAACAACUCCAAGCUGCAUGGCAUUCGGUACAAUGUCUUCAUCUGCCGGCUCAAGGAGAAGAACAUCAACAUCAACCGCAAGAUCUUGUCCCAGCUGGGCGUCUAUGACCGGGCGGUCUUCACAAACGUGCUCGAGACGGCCAUCCCCGAGUGGAAGCAGCUGAAGGAAGAGGUGGACAACAAGGGCAAGAAGAAGGAGUACAGCGUCAAGGAGCUGGACGACAUUGCCAUCCCGUACUUCGAGGCCACCGUUCCGGAGCUCUACACGGACCCCACGAUCCGCUUCAACCGGCAGGUAAAAGACUGGGGUGUGGAGUACACCAUUGACUUUGGCGAUGAGGAGGAGUGGCGUGACGUGCUGCCGAAGAUGCCCGAGCUGGCCAACUUCCAGUUGCCGGACCACAUGCUGACCAACAGCCGGCGCCAGCUCGAGGAGAUUCCGAUCGAAGACCGGAUGGUCGUCCCUGAUGAAGAGAAGAAUUCAGAGUAUAAGGUGUUUAUGGACAAGGUCCGCGCCAUGUGGGACGAAGAGGAAGAGAAGAAAGCCAAGGGUGAGGAGGUCCGUCCCAAGAAGGAGCCACUCAGCAACUCGGAAUUUAAAACGGCCCCACCCGGGCUCUCAUGCGGGGCUGCGAUGACCGUCGACACGGCCGCCACCAGCACCAUCUUCGACUUCGAUGAGCUUGAGAAGGCCUAUGCGAAGAUCGAUGUGGCCGCAGGCGCCGCCGUGGACUUGACGGACGAAGAGGCGCCCACCUGCGAUGGCCUGGAUGACCUGUCCGAGGUGUGGCCAGGCGACGUGCCCAGCUCGGAGGACGACCUCGCCGACCUCCCCGAGUUGGUUCCAGGUCCGGAGUACCGACCGGGCGUCUGGGAGGUAUGCGUCCUCCGAGUCAUCGUGCGGAGGGAGCCUGACGUGGACGCAGCCGUGCAGAGCUUGUGCCAUGAGAAGGAGCUCCUGUUCGAAGAGUUGGGAAGUCCCGAGAACGACGACUGGGUGCGUCUCGAACGUCAACGCGGGUACGUCCUGAAGGACGGCAGCAUAAAGGACCCGAAGCUGGGCCUUCUGGUGCGGCCGUUCCACCUCAAGGGCGUGCCCAGUGAUCAAAGCGAAAACGUGAUGUCCCUUCUGCGGACGGCGUGGCGCAACACACGGGAACAGAACGGUCUUCUGCGCCCGCCGCUUGUUGCGAAACUGCGCCGUGCGGAAGAGGAUGCGGUCUCCGCCGCCUUGUCGAAAGCUGCUUUUGACUUUGAUGCCUUUCAGACCGAGUACCAGCGAGGCGUGGACACGGUCCUCUCGGAGCAGGGCUUCCUGGCCCAGGCCCGGAUGCUGAUGCAGAGGGCCGUCGCUGUUGGGAACCAAAGCGCAGGUAAGCUGCGCUACGCCCCCAGCGAACGCACGAAGACUGGCAUGGACCAGGCGGCGGUGUCCGACCUGAUCGACGCCAUGCGCUCGCGGACGCUGCCCAGCCAGGAGGAUGCCAUCGCCACCGUGGCUGCAGCUGCACGGCUGCUGGGCGAGCAGCCAACACUGGUGAGGCUGCAGCUGCCAGCUGGAGCCACGGUGCACGUGGUGGGAGAUGUCCAUGGACAGUUCUGGGAUCUGCUGCACAUCUUGGAGCUCUGCGGCGACCCGUCCCCACAGAAUCACUACCUCUUCAAUGGCGACUUUGUGGACCGCGGCCAAUUUUCUGUAGAGGUGGCGCUGCUGCUGCUUGCGAUGAAGGUCGCGGCACCGAGCUGCGUGCACCUGAACCGGGGUAACCAUGAAGCGGUUCGGAUGAACGCGCUCUAUGGCUUCAUGCAGGAAACCGAGCAGAAGUACAGCAACGAAUUGUUUCGGAAGUUUGCGGAGGCCUUCAACAAUUUGCCUCUGGCAACUCUGGUCAACGACAGCGUUUUCGUGGUCCACGGCGGCCUCAGUUCGAAGGAGGGCGUACUCCUCUCCGAGAUCGCCCAGCUGGAUCGCAAGCGCGAGCCCGACGAAGUCGCCGACCAGCUGAUGCUGGACCUGCUGUGGUCGGAUCCGAUGGAAAGGGAUGGCUAUGCCCCAUCCCCCCGAGGCGGUGGCAUCCUCUUCGGACCCGAUGUGACUCAACGGUUUUGCGCGCAGAACGGCCUCUCGUGCGUCAUCCGAUCGCAUGAGAUGAAGUCGGAGGGGUACGAGUGGCAGAGGCUGGGGCGCUGCCUCACCGUCUUUUCCGCGCCGAACUACUGCGACAUGUGCGGGAAUCUGGGAGCAGUCUGCGACAUCCAGGUAAAGCCUGGACGGAAGCGCAUCAUGGUCGACGAUCUCGACGUCCGCACCUUCGAGUGCUCGCCACACCCGGAGGAGCCGCACAUGGCCAACCUCAUGUUUCGGCCGUUCUGCUGA